GCCACUUUUAUCUCCGCGUGCCUUCAUCACCGCCUUUUACAGACUCGCAAGAUCUUGACUACGCUUUAUUAAUCGACUGGAUAUAUAUCGCAUUUAUUUGUACUCUUUAUAUCUUGACCAUCUUCAUCCCGACUCCCCCCGCGCCUACACCAUGGGUGUCUCGGAGCUCACUGCUUCUGCCGUCAAGGCCAUGAGCAACAUCUCCAUCGGGCACCAAAACCGCGAUGCUCCCGGCUCUGGCCAGAAUGAACACACACCCCUCUCUAACCGCGCUGGUGAGAGCAAAAACACCUACGUAAAGAGCCACGCAAACAGCCCUGUAGCCUGGCAGCCGCUUGACAACAAGACGAUUGAGCUCGCCAAGGCAGAUAGGAAGCUUAUAUUCCUACACAUCGGAUAUAAGGCCUGCCACUACUGCCGUCUCAUGUCCACAGAAUCAUUCAACAAUACGGAAUGCGCUGCCGUCCUUAACGAGUCCUUUGUUCCAAUCAUCGUCGACAGAGAAGAGCGCCCCGAUCUAGACAGCGUCUACAUGAAUUAUGUUCAAGCUGUCAGCAAUGUUGGUGGAUGGCCACUUAACCUCUUUCUGACUCCCGAGAUGGAACCCGUCUUUGGUGGAACAUAUUGGCCUGGCCCAGGCUCUUCCAAGCGUGGAGGCGGAGACCAGGAAGACGAAGAGCCUUUGGAUUUCCUUAACAUUGCGAAGAAGGUUCGAAAUAUCUGGAAGGAUCAAGAGGCUAGAUGCCGCAAAGAAGCCUCUGAAAUCGUUGCUCAAUUGCGAGAUUUUGCCGCUGAAGGAACGCUGGGUACUAGAAGCAUCUCUGCACCUCACACCAGUCUUGCUCCAUCUGGAUGGGGCGCCGCUCCUAUUGCUACAGAAGCCUCACUUAAUGAAGAAAAGGAAGGUGCUGUGUCUAGCGAAUUGGAUCUCGACCAGCUCGAGGAAGCCUACACACACAUCGCCGGUACCUUUGACCCCGUAUACGGCGGCUUUGGCUUAGCACCGAAGUUUUUGACCCCCCCGAAACUUGAGUUUCUUCUUCGCCUUAACCAAUACGCCGGACCCGUACAAGAUGUUGUCGGUGAAAAGGAGUGCAAAAAUGGUACUGAUAUGGCGGUGGCCACACUUCGACAGAUUCGCGAUGGUGCUCUGCAUGACCACAUCGGCCAAACUGGAUUUUCUCGCUGCUCUGUUACCCCCGAUUGGAGCAUCCCUAACUUUGAAAAGCUUGUUACAGAUAACGCUCUCCUUCUGUCCCUGUACACCGAUGCCUGGAAGACUCUUGGUGGGCUUGAAACCAGCGAAUUUUUCGAUGUUGUUUUGGAAUUGGCCAACUACCUGUCUUCCGAACCCAUUGUGUCGAAAGAUGGCCUCUUCUCAUCUAGUGAGGCUGCAGACUCUGCUGUUAAGAAAGGAGAUACUGAGGUGAAAGAGGGAGCAUACUAUCUUUGGACACGACGCGAAUUCGACAGUGUUAUUGAAGCCGCUGAGACCGGGGCGAGCCAAGUAGCUGCCGCCUAUUGGAAUGUCCUUGAAGAUGGAAACGUCGAUGCGGAUCAUGAUCCCAAUGACGAAUUAGUCAACCAAAAUAUUCUCCGAAUCGUGAAGACAUCAGACGAGCUGAGCCAGCAAUUCCAGACUACGUCUGAAAAAGUCAAGCAGACUAUCGAGGUUGCACGUCAAGCUCUGAACACAAGGAGAGAGAAAGAGCGCGGGCGACCUGAGUUAGAUGAGAAGGCGGUUGUAGGCUGGAACGGCCUGGUGAUUUCUGCCCUUGUGAAGGCAUCUGUUGCAACAAAGGGUGCCAAACCUGAUUCUAGUGCGAAAUAUCUUGCUGCAGCAGUCAAGGCAGCAGGCUUUAUUCGACCACACCUUUGGGAUUCUGAGAAGAAGAUUCUCUACAGAAUCUGGGUAGCAGGCCAGCGCCAGACCGAGGGCUUUGCUGAUGAUUACGUUUACCUGAUUCGAGGUCUUCUCGAUCUCUUUUCGGCCUCUGGAGAUGAAUCUCUGAUUGAAUUUGCAGAUGAGCUACAAAAGUCGCAAAACGAACGCUUUGCUGACAAGAGCGGCGCCUUCUUCAGUACCCAAGCAAAUGCACCAAAUGCUAUCCUGCGCCUCAAGGAUGGCAUGGAUACGUCACUUCCUUCUAUCAACGCUGUUGCAACUGACAACCUCUUCGAAUUAGCGCAGCUCCUGGAUGACAGCACAUAUGCCAAGAUGGCCCGCACUACGAUCAAUGCCUUUGAGGCUGAGAUGCUUCAACACCCUUGGCUAUUCCCUGGGCUGUUGAAUGGUGUGGUCACUGCUCGUCUUGGGCGUUCUGGAACAAAUGACACAGAGAUCAAAUACAAGGCCACUAGACAAAAGGCAUAAUAAUCACAUGGCUCGACACUGUGGGCUCGCAAAAUUGACCGGAGUUUGUCGCCUCGCGGCGGUGGGAGGCGUCGUUUUUGCUACUUUUUUUUUCACAACUUUUAGAAUAAGCUAUUUAUGGCAGUAAUCUUGCCCUAAAUUGAUAUCGUUUUGUUUUAUAUCACACUAUGAACCAGAAG